AUGAUUAAAAAUUUUGCAAAUAAACUUAACCAAGCUUUAAGAACUACUGGACCAACUAUUAAAUUUACUCCACCACCAAGUGAUGUUUUUAAUGUUAAACCAGUUGAAUCAGCUGAAAAUUUAAUUCAUCAAGUUAAACCAAUUGAAGUUCAAGAUUCUAAAAUUGGUUGUGAUGGUGGUAAUGGUCCAUUAGGUCACCCAAUGGUUUAUAUUAAUUUAGAAGGUAACACUCCACAAUCAUGUGGUUAUUGUGGUCUUAGAUUUAUUCAAAAACAUGGUCACCACCACCAUCAUUAA